AAACAUUUAAAUUAUUGUUGUAGUGUAGUGGCGUAUUUAUCGAUCGGGUCCUUACUAUACGAUUUGUUAGGCCUAGAUGUCGGCAUUGCAUGUUUGUUUAUUAAUAGAGGCUUUUACAACCUUUUUUUUUGGCAUUUUUGCGCCAAAUGAUUAUUAAAAAUUACGAUUUUACGUAAAAAUAAUGAAAAUUGAAUCGAACAUUUCAGCUGGAACAGAAAUGAAUACCCGACGAAGUGCACGAUGGCUAAGAAAAGAAAAACGUAAUCAAGAACGAGCAACAGGUACUGGAGCUGCUCUAAUUAAAAGAAAAUUGUACAAUCUUGGCUAUAACGAGGACAGUGAUGAAGAUACUGACGUUGCAGAACCUAGGCCGAAAAAGAGAAGGCCACGUCUUUUACUUAAAGAUGAGGAGUUAAAUUUGGAAUGUGAAUGGAAUGAAUGUGAUCAUGUCGACUCAAAUUAUAAAAACUUUAUCAAGCACACAUUCACACAUUUCCAAGAACUUUCAGAUGUAAAAGUAAUUUCAGAAUACAAAUGUGAAUGGGGUUCGUGUACAUUUAAAACGAAUGAACGGCAGCUGUUAGAAAUGCAUCUUAGUCAUCAUCCUUAUCUUACAAAAUUAACACAGAUUGGUAGAAAUAAUAUACAACGAUUUGAUUUACCUGAUUGUCAAAUGAGUGAAGAAAACACAAUUCCAGAUCGUAAAUAUCCAUUUCAAUGUGAUUGGAAAGAUUGCUAUAUUACUUUAUAUCGAAUUCAAGAUUAUUUUUAUCAUGUUGAAUGUCAUGCCUUUGCAACUCCGUCGACAAUUAAAAAAAAUAAUAAGAAAUAUAUAGAAUGUCUUUGGUUAGGUUGCAAAAUUACACCUACUUCACAUUCCGUUUUACAUUCGCAUUUAAGAAGUCAUACACAAGAGAAACUUUUAGCGUGUCCAACUUGUAAAAGCACAUUUUCGACCGUUACAAAAUUUAUGGAUCAUUUAAAAAGGCAGACAGUUGGCGAAACACAAUUUCAAUGUUCACACUGUUAUAAAUUUUUUGCAACCGAAAGUUUACUUCGAAAUCACGUCCGAAUGCACAUUAAUCAUUUUAAAUGUAACUUAUGUGAUAUGACGUGUGUUACACGUUCAGAAUUAUCACAGCAUAUUCGAUAUCGUCACAUUCCAAUUCCAACUAGACCUUUGAAAUGUGAAUUAUGUGAUCAUAGAUGUGUGACAAAAAAAGAUUUAAAUGUACACAUGAUGACACACUGUCCUGAAAAAUUAUUUCAAUGUACUGAUUGCUCAUUUCGCUGUCGAUCUAUGGUUGGAUUAGAUAGGCAUUAUAGUCGCGUUCAUGCCGAUGGUCAAAUUGAUCAAAGGACUUAUGAAUGUCAUUGUUGUGGUGCACAAUAUACUCGAGGUGCAAUUUUAACUAAACAUUUAAUUGACAAACAUAGUUAUCAAUGGCCCUCGGGUCAUUCACGAUUUAGAUAUAAGCAAGAUCCUGAAAAUGGAAUGUAUCGAUUACAAACAGUUCGAUUUGAAACUAUAGAAGCCACCCAAGAAAUAAUCGGAGGUCCUUUAAAUCAACAAUCAAUAAUCGUCGAAAAUUUUGAGCCGAAUUUAAAAUCAGAAGAAAAAUCAAGUAAUUCAUCUUUGAUUGGCCAUGGUAAUUUAGUACCAACAAAAAAUCAUGUUUUAAUUACAAUUUGUGAAGUUGAUAGUAGUGGUAAUACAUUAAAAACAAAAACAGUUGAAUCGAAAGAAUUGCGUAUAGCGAAAAAUGAAUAAAAUAAUGUACCUUUUAAGGUGCUUUAAUUUUCAAACAGUCAAGAGAGACCUUAUUACAGAUAUGAAAUUGUGUAAUAUCUAUCUGACAUUAAGUGUACGUGAUAAUAUUAUUUAAAAAAAAUUUUGAACACGCAGCUAAUUGGAUCAUGACAACAAU